AUGGCGCAAUCAGAUCAGAAUGGACCACAGGCGGUGUCCGCCGAACUACCGCCAGCGAUGGCAGAGGUCAAGUCGCAGAGUGUGGACGACUUGAUGAAAGAGAUGAACCGCAUGCCAAUUUUCAUGACAAGUUUAGAUGAAACAGACGGCGAGGGAGGUGAGAACAUGGCGCUGGAGGCGUUGAAAGCCAUGGCGUACGAAGGAACCCGUGCCGAAAUUGCUGAAAACUUCCGACAACAAGGCAAUGAAUGCGCACGGGCGAAGCAGUGGACAGACGCGAAAGAGUUCUACGACAAGGCGAUAGCAGCGCUCAAAGGCCCACAAACCAACCCGGACCCCGAUGCAGAAGGGCCAGAUGUCAUCCCUGUCGAGCUCGAUGAGAAGGAGGAAGCGGAGAAGGAAAGAGUGAUUGGCGAGGCCGUCUAUGUCAACCGCGCAUUAUGCAAUCUCGAGAAGAAGAACUACCGCUCCUGCAUCCAAGACUGCAUAGCGACACUCAAGAUCAAUCCUGCCAACAUCAAGGCUUUUUACAGAUCAGCCACUGCUGGUCUUGCACUAGACAAGUUGCAGGAAGCAGCCUGGGCCUGCGACCGAGGACUAGCUCUAGAUGCUUCCAACGCCCCUCUCAAGGCCCUCAAAACCAAGAUUGAUGCUCGAAAGCAGUACAUAGAUUCCGUCGAAAAGGCACGCCGCGAACGAGAGGAGAAGGCUGCAUCAGAGCGAGCAACAAUGAAACUUGCAUUGCGCAGCCGGAAUAUCUUGACGCGGAGCACGGAGAAGCCCCCAGAUCUGGAAGACGCCACGGUCAGGCUGGAAAACAGCUUGGACCCCUCUUCAACACUCGCAGUACCGGUUAUUCUGCUUUACCCAAUGCACUCGCAAUCGGAUUUUAUCAAGGCGUUCUCUGAGAAGGAGAAGCUAGAUGAACAUCUCGACUAUAUCUUCCCACUCCCAUGGGAUGAGCAACACGAGUACACAAUCGACAAUGUCGAAUCAUACAUGGAGACCGCAGCGGGUGGUUUGAUCAAAGUUGGAAAAAAGAUGAGCCUAGGCAAGGUACUGGGAAGCGGGAAGCCGGAGAUCGUCGACGGAUUGGUGACGAUAAGCGUGGUGCCGAAAGACAAGGCUGCUGGUUGGAUAGAAGAGUUCAAGAAGCGAAAAGGGAAAACGGCAUAA